CGCUGCGCCCCGGGGCCCGCUGCCCCUGCAGUCCCUGGCCCGGCGGACGCCGUCGGGCUGUGCUCGUUUGUGAUGUCCGUUCCCGCGCACUGCCCCGCGGCGGCCGGUGCCGUGUCCACCCGUAGCGUAGGGGGCGAUGACAGUGACCGGCGUCGCUCCCGGGGAACCGGGGUGCCCCGGGAAAGAGGGCGAGGGAAGUUCCGGGCCAGGCCCGGGCGGGGAGCCACGCGCGUGGCGGGGCCCGAGGCGGGGAAGGGCCCGGUGAGGCGAGCGGGGCCCCGCGGGCCGGGGCGGCGGUGACGGCGGACGCCUCUCGAAUUGUUCCGCUCGGGCCCCGAGCGGCGCCUCCGGGGCUUGCUCCUUUCCCGGGUUCCCCUUGGUCUCGGGCAUCGGUGUGCGGGCGCGAAGCCGGGGCGGCGAGAGCUCCAGUGCUGCUCCGCUACCUCCCGCUGUCCCGAGCCCCGCGGGAACGCGCCUCCUUAAGGGGGCCCGGGCGGCCACCCCCGCACCGCCGGGGGCGAGCGAGAUCCCGCGACCGCCGCUCGGGCCCCGGUGGAGCCGUUCGGGGCCCCGCCGACCCCCGGACCCGCGCGAGCUCCGCGGCACGGUCGCCUUGCCGGUGCCCAGGAGAGGGACCCCCGUGGCCCGGCGGGGGGAGACCCCUGGCAGGGGCUGGGAGACGGGCGGGCAGCAGGGCCCGGGGAGUGAGGGGGCCGGGGCGGGGACCCGGGCGCUCGGGAUGCUCCCGCAUGGACGGCACCCGCCUCCGCUCCAGCCCGGGCAGCCCUUUAAGUUCUCGGUCCUGGAAAUCUGCGACCGCAUCAAGGAGGAAUUUCAGUUCCUGCAGGCGCAGUACCACAGCUUGAAGUUGGAAUGUGAGAAGCUGAUGAGUGAGAAGACAGAGAUGCAGAGACAUUAUGUCAUGUACUAUGAGAUGUCCUAUGGCCUGAACAUCGAAAUGCACAAGCAGGCAGAGAUUGUCAAGAGACUGAGUGCCAUCUGUGCCCAGAUUAUCCCCUUUCUGACACAGGAGCACCAGCAGCAGGUCCUGCAGGCGGUGGAACGGGCCAAGCAGGUGACCAUGGGAGAGCUCAACAGCAUCGUUGGGCAGCAGCAGCUUCAGCACCUCUCCCACCAUGCAUCCCCGCUCCUGCUGACACCCCACUCCUCCAGCGUGCAACCUUCUAGCUUGAGCGGGGCCAGUGGCACCUUGGGGCUCCUGGCCAUCUCGGGGGCACUGUUGGCACAGUCUCAGCUGGCCACCAAGGAAGACAGAGUGGCCCAGGAUGGGGAGAACAAAGAACGUGCCCCAAGCCAGAGCAUUUCUUGUUCCCCCCCUGAGCGCCUGCAGGAUGAGGAGCGGAUGGGCCUGAAGCGGAAGCGGGAGGAGAAGAACCUGCCUGGGCAUUCUGACAGUGAUGGGGACAAGAGCGACUACAACCUCGUGGUGGAUGAGAUGUUUUCUGCCCCCAGGACCCCACCUCGGAGCCCGGCAGCCCUGGCUGCUCACCCAGCAGCCGGCUGGCACCAGUCCACGGGGAGAUGCCGAGCCCAGCCUGCACCACCUCCAGCAGGAGCACAACACCCCUCGGGCCAAAGGGCCAGUGUCCGGCAGUUUCAAGGCCACACGGAUGGUGCCAGCUGCAUCGACAUCUCCAAUGAUGGCACCAAGCUGUGGACAGGGGGGCUGGACAACACUGUGCGCUGCUGGGACCUGCGGGAGGGGCGGCAGCUGCAGCAGCACGACUUCAGCUCCCAGAUCUUCUCCCUGGGCUACUGCCCAACAGGAGAGUGGCUGGCAGUGGGGAUGGAGAGCAGCAACGUGGAGAUCCUGCAUGUCACCAAACCUGACAAGUACCAGUUGCACCUCCACGAGAGCUGUGUCCUCUCCCUCAGAUUUGCCUCCUGUGGGAAGUGGUUUGUGACCACAGGGAAGGACAACCUUUUCAAUGCCUGGUGGGCACCCUACGGAGCCAGCAUCUUCCAGUCUAAGGAGUCUGCCUCAGUCCUGAGCUGUGACAUCUCUGUCAACGACAAAUUCAUCGUUAUGGGAUCUGGUGACAAAAAGGCCACCGUGUACGAGGUGGUCUGUUGAAGCCCCAUCAUCAUCCCUUCUCCAUCAAGGAAGGGGCCUGUCCUUGUCCAAAGCCACCAGGGCUCACAGAGGCCUCCAAUGCUGGACCUGCCAUUCCACAGACCUGCUUUCCCUCCUCCUCCUUUGCUUUCAGACACCAAACCAAGGCCCUGGCCUCACUCUCCUGCCCCAGUUCCUGCUUGAUGCUGGAGGUGAGGGCUCAGGGGGGCCUGGUAUCCCCCAAGGCAGGGCAGGGGCUGGGCUGUGUGUCCUGGGACCUGUCUGUACCUCAGGCUGGCUGCAUGGGGAGCUGAUCAAGGCCAGUACCACCUGAAUAUGUCUUAAAUUACUGCUACUGAUUUAAUGGGACCCAUUUUCUGCUGGAGAAACAGCUGUAAAUUAUCAGUAAAUAAAUGUAUUUAACUGUG